ACACCCUUCCCCGACGUUAAAAUGGCCGGUACGCCCUCCCUACCUAGCGUCAACUUAGUAGGUUUCUUUCGGCGGCCGCGCUCCUCUUCGAUUGCUUCUCCCGUCCGAUCUUCGUUUGCCUUCGCGAGCUCCAUUUGGUGGCGCUCAUGGCGGUCGAACAGGAGGUGAAGCUCUUCAAUCGCUGGUCGUUCGAGGAAGUCCAGGUCAGUGAUAUUUCACUCAAUGACUACAUUGCCGUGACUCCUGCCAAACAUGCUACCUAUCUUCCGCAUACUGCUGGACGAUAUGCAGUCAAAAGGUUCCGCAAGGCCCAAUGCCCAAUUGUUGAGAGACUGACCAAUUCACUGAUGAUGCAUGGCCGCAACAAUGGGAAGAAACUGAUGGCUGUUCGCAUUGUCAAACAUGCAAUGGAGAUCAUUCAUCUUCUUACUGAUGCAAACCCAAUCCAAGUAAUUGUGGAAGCUAUCAUCAACAGUGGGCCGAGAGAAGAUGCAACUCGGAUUGGUUCUGCUGGUGUUGUUAGACGUCAGGCAGUUGAUAUUUCCCCAUUGAGACGGGUCAACCAGGCAAUAUACCUUCUCACAACAGGUGCUCGGGAGAGUGCUUUCAGAAACAUCAAAACCAUUGCUGAAUGCCUUGCUGAUGAACUAAUUAAUGCAGCUAAGGGUUCUUCCAACAGCUACGCUAUCAAGAAGAAGGACGAGAUUGAACGUGUUGCCAAGGCAAAUCGUUGAGUUAAUUUUAUACACUGAAGGCAAAUUUGGGAGUCGACGCUGCAAACAAUUUUUCAUGCUUGUUAUUUUUAAAUUUAUUUUGGAUCUGUUAUAGUUUGACUUGGUUCUGUUUUCUUCUUCAUUUUGUCUGUUUUAUCCAAUGGUUUUACUUUGGAAUUAGAUUUGGAUUCUUUAUUCUCUUUAGGUUUGGCCAUUUCUCUUUCUU